AUGUCGUCUCACCAGCAACAGCAGGCCUCGACGUCAGACACCAUUGAGAUCUCAAAGGGAGACAAGUCCGCACAUGGCACAGCAGACUACCCCGAUGCUCUUACAGAGAUCACUGAAGAUAAGUGGGACGUAGUCGUCAUCGGUGCAGGCCCAGCUGGAUUGAUGACAGCUUCUUCGCUUGCUCGCUUCGGUGGUCACAAGGUCCUCGUGGUCGAUGAGCGCUCAGAGCCUACAACGGCAGGAAGAGCUGACGGUAUCCAGCCCCGUACGAUUGAGGUGCUGCGUAACAUGGAGCCCCUAGGCUCCGAGUUCGUCCACCGUUCCGCGGCUUCGUAUGAGCGGUCCUUCUGGGAUCCACGCUCGGACGGUCAGAGGGGGAUUGAGCGUACAAGGCGGGUGCAAUCCUUCCCCUAUGACAUGGAGAUUCAGGACAACUGCACCCUUGGUCUGCAGCAGGGUAUCAUCGAGGGCGGCUACCUAAGGGAUAUGGAAGCACACGGACAGCGUGUGCAUCGUCCUUGGGCAUACAAGGACUUCAAAUUUGUGAAUGACAGCACUUACCCUGUGCAAGUAUCGCUGGAGAAGAUGCAGCCGGUGCAGGAGUCCACCAACGAGGGGGGAGCCCCGAUCAGCGUCAUCAAGCCCACGGGCCAGAUCAAGACUAUUCGCACAAAAUAUCUCGUGGGCUGCGAUGGUGGACGCUCCAGGGUACGGACAACGAUGGAGGCCAAACAUGGCAUCACCUUCGAUGGAGACUGGGUCGACACGCUUUGGGCAGCCUUGGACUGUGUGGUCGAGACGGACUUCCCUGACGUGAGAAAAAUUGCUGCCAUCCACUCCAAGUCCCACGGCGCUCUUUACAUCUUCCCGCGGGAGAACAACGAAAAGGGAGAAGCGAUCAUUCGGUGUUAUACACAAGUCAACAAGCUUGGUGGCGCCAAGAGUACAGAGUCCGCCCGGGACAUGAAGGACAAGGUGACCGCGGAUAUGGUCAUGCGAGCCAUCAAUGAAAUCGCGCAUCCAUACAAGUUCGAGUUCAAGACCGUCGAAUGGUUCACUUGCUACCCCAUUGGUCAGCGGCUGGUCUCCAGGUACUCCCUGCCAGGUGGAACUCAGGAGGACGGCGUCAAAUUCGACUCUCACCGUGUCUUCAUCGCUGGUGACGCUUGCCACACGCACUCGCCAAAGGCCGGGCAGGGCAUGAACACGGCCAUCAUCGAUGCACAGGCACUGUCUUGGAGGAUUAAUCUGGUAGAGAAGGGACUGGGCAGCCGCGAGAAGCUGCUUAGUACUUACCACGAGGAGAGACACAGGACUGGCAAGCAACUCAUCGAUUUUGAUGCAGAGUACGCCGCCCUCUUCUCUGGCGAGAUCCCGAAGUCUACACCUGAGCUCAUCGGUGCUUCUGAGGAGAAGCUCAAGAUUCACUUCUUCAAUGUGCAGAGAAGGAACGCCGGCUUCACUACUGGUGCCGGUGUGCUCUACAACGACAACGUUCUGAAUUACCGCGACCCUUCCCCAUUGGGAAUCGCAAAGCCGAUCAGCAAUAAGCUUGAGUGCGGGCGUAGGCUGCUGCCCAGUUGGGCGACGCGAUGGAUUUCAUCCACCCCGGUGAGGAUCAUUCACGAGGUGCAAUUUACCGCUCCUGGUGGAUUCCGUCUGUACGUAUGUGGAGGAAAGCUCCCCUCUACAGCGUCGAAGCUGCAAGCUUUCAGCGACUAUCUGUCGUCUGCCUCUUCCUUUUACCAGCGUUUCAGGGCCGAGCCUUCCAAGCUGGGUGGUCUCAAGCAUGGCGUGUAUCACUCGAAGCCGGAGGCGCUCAACUCUGGCCUCAAGGGCUUCACAGAGGAGCAAAAUCCCUUUUUCCACUUGCUUCUCAUCGUUGCUGCGAAUCGCUUCAACUUCGAGCCCAAGGACGUGCAGUCCUUUGGACCUCUGAAGUGCUGGCUGUAUGCCGACGAUGUGGAAGCGGGAGGCGCAAAGGUGAGCGAGGAGGACGGAGACGAGAGCAUCGGUGGUCUACACAGGAAGUGGGGCAUCGACGAAGACGAGGGAGCAGUCGUCGUCUGCCGUCCAGAUGGGUACGUGGGUUGUGUGGUGCCCUUGGAGGAGCAGGGAUGGAAGGCACUGGAGAAGUACUUCGAUGGCUUCCUCGAGGAGAGAAAAGCUCAUCAGACGACGCUUGUGCAGGCGGCGAGAAUGUGA